UCGCCUGAUCAUCAGCUUCAGACACACACACACACACACACACACACACAAAAAGAACAUACAUACACACCCACGUUCCCAUAAAAACCUGAAGUACCCUGUGUUUUUCUCAGAAGUCUCAGGCCGUGUCCCUGCCAGCAUCACACAGCCAGUAACUGGUGUUUGGGAGAGACGUCAUAUCGGCAGUCAAUAUUCUGAGGCAGGGAAAGUGAAGAAGGAUGUGUGCAUCUGCGUGGCCAAUCACACUUCUGCUGUUGUUCGGCUUAGCUACCUCAUCUCCAGUUUCCACACCUGCUCCACCUCUUCCAGUGCAAAUUUUACCUCCCUCUCCCUCUCCAACAAUUCUCCCGUCUCCACCUUCUCCUCCUCUCAGUGUCCUAGCCCACUUUUCUGGAGAGUCAGAAAAAGAAGCCAGCUGCCGUCUGAUGAUAUCACCCUCCACUCUGGUGGUCAGGUUUGGAGAUCCAUUCACAGCUAACUGCUCUGCACAAAGCAUUAAUUAUGGUGGUCUCGGUUGGGAAAUCUCCCUGGAGACUUCUGGACUCAGUCAGGAUAAUUUUGUCAUCUUGACUGUGGACAACAUGACUAAGUGGAGCAUCACGGCUACAUGCUAUGCACUAACUAAUGAGGGAGGGUCGUGCGACAUUAAGCUUCCUCUAAUAGUCUACAAGCCUCCAGAUAAUGUGUCCAUCAGCUUGAUUAAUCACACUGGACCGAUGUAUGAGGGCCGUCAGUACACUCUGCAGUGUACGGUACAGGGCGUUGCUCCUGUUGGAAACCUCAUUGUGACCUUCUACAGAGGACAGACAAUAUUGGGUCAACUACAGUCCAACAACACUACGGAGAAGGAACCAGUGACAGAGAUCUUCACUUUAAACAUCACCCCCAGUAAAGAAGAUAAUGGAAUCCAGUACUGGUGUGAAGCCAAGCUAGAACUGGGACCAGAAGGACCACAGCCCCCUCCAGUGUUGAUGUCACAAAAACUCAUUACUGUGGUCCUCUUUGGUCCACACCUCGUUUGUCCUACAAAACUGCUGGUGAGAGAGGGACAGAGCCUCAGCUGUGAAGUGAGAGGAAACCCUCAACCAGAAGUCUUAUGGUUCAGAGAUGGACAGGCAGUUGCCCUGCCCACUCACUCAAGCAGAAAAGAUGCCGGGAAAUACACAGCCGUCACAAAAGGACAUCUUGGACUGAAAAACUUUACAGUGGACGUGGAGGUCCUUGCUGGCAGUGGAACUGCAAACAGCUGUAACAGACACCUGUUGGCUUUCUUGCUCAUUUAUUUGAUCAGCUGGCUGUAAAAACUCCUAAAAGAACCCAACGUGAUAUUCCCAUGCUGUCUGGAUGAACUGCUCCUGCUGUCAAAAAAAAUGUUCAUCGGGGUUGACUCGUUGCUUUGUGUCACUCUUCUUUUUCACAUGGAUCAGAUUCACAUCAAUGUCUUUGAGAGUGUCUGUCCAGGUACAUUUUCUUAUGUUAAUAAACUGAUGUGUCAAUGUAAAUUUCAUCUUCCAGACUGAAUGCUGCUCAAGAAAGAAAUUAAUUCUAUUUUUGCACAACUUAAAACAAUCAUAGGUCUUUGACUGCGUUUCCCCUCUUGUUUAUUUUAAGAUUAUUUUAGUAACUGUCUGAAUCAUUUGCCGAACAAUGUUGGUGUUUUUCCUGUGUUCAGCCUUCUUUCACAAAGGUUAUGUUCUGUCUGCUGUAAAUUAAAAUGCUGUCCAACAAC